AUGAGGUCCACAGCAAGCCUUUGCUAUGCGGCGCUUUUUGCCUUGGCAGGCUUAUCCAGCGCCAGUGAAGAGGAUAUCCCACUAGAUCCGACCAAGUGCGCGCUGGAACCCUCAGCCAUGGUAUCGGAUGCCUGUGUCUCGUACGGUGAAAUCAACGGAAUCAACGACCUCAUUUUCUCGACCCUCAACUCUAUCACGCAAGAAACGGACUUUUUCUCAUACUACCGCCUAAACCUAUUCAACACAGAAUGUCCAUUCUGGUCCGAUGCGAACAGCAUGUGUGGCAACAUCGCUUGCUCCGUAAAUACCAUUGAGUCCGAAGAGGACAUCCCGCUCACCUGGCGGGCAGAGGAACUGAGUAAGCUAGAAGGCCCAAAGGCGAAUCAUCCACCCCGCAAGAUCCAAGCCGAGCGUCCAAAAGAACGCCCACUCCAAGGAGAGCUGGGUGACGAUGUUGGAGAAAGUUGUGUGGUCGAAUACGACGAUGAAUGUGAUGACCGAGACUACUGUAUCCCGGAGGACGAGGGCUCCGCCGGGAAGGGAGACUAUGUGAGCCUGGUUGACAACCCAGAGCGUUUCACCGGAUAUAUGGGAGAAGGCGCGCACCAGGUCUGGAACGCCAUCUACAGCGAGAAUUGUUUCAUGAAGCCCAUGGCCAAUGAGCUUGAGGAACAGACGCUGAACGUUCCACUGGGUGGCCUCCAGGCAGCAUCGGACUUCCGAAACGUGAUCCACAAGGAGUCCCAGCGCCUGGAAGGCCUUCCGCUGGAUAACGAGUGUCUGGAGAAGCGGGUGUUCCACCGGCUCAUCAGUGGCAUGCAUGCUUCGAUCUCCACCCACUUGUGCUGGGAUUACCUGAACCAAACCACAGGCCAAUGGCACCCUAACGUGCAGUGCUUCAAGGAACGACUCCUUGAUCACCCAGAGCGCAUCUCGAAUAUGUACUUCAACUACGCGCUGGUCUCGCGCGCUGUAACAAAGCUUCGCAAGCACCUGGACAACUACACGUUCUGUGCCAGCGACCCCGAACAAGACCGCGAGACCAAGAAGCGCGUGAACAAGCUCACAUCGACUCUUACGACUCUCCCCAAGAUUUUUGACGAGAAGAUUAUGUUCCAGGAUCCCAGCGCUCUGGGAUUGAAAGAGGACUUCCGCAACCGCUUCCGCAACGUCAGCCGCCUGAUGGACUGCGUGGGCUGCGACAAGUGCCGACUAUGGGGCAAGCUGCAGGUGAACGGAUACGGAACUGCCUUGAAAGUGCUCUUCGACUACGACGAGACCAAAAACGGCGAGAACCCUCCCCUUCGCCGUACCGAGCUGGUCGCCCUGAUCAACACCCUCGGUCGCAUCUCGCACAGUCUCGCCGCUUCACGAAGCAUGCAACGUGCCCUCCUGACCGGCACAACCCAUAUGUUCCCCGUACAUGGCGCAGUGCCUUCGUCGCACCAUGCCAAUGCCCUCGCCGGUCAGGGCAGCAGACGAGUAUUCAAGGAUGGAAACAACAAUUUCUACUUCGAGGGCGAUAACGAGGAGGAUUUCAUUUAUGGCCGAGAAGCGCCCGAGCGAUACCCCUGGGAGCGCAAGCCGCGCAGCCCGGACGACGGGGUCUGGGAGGAUAUCAAGCACGAGUGGGACAUGGUCUGGGGUACAGUCGGAUAUAUCUGGCAGACCUGGAUGGAUAUUCCUCGGACACUACUUCGAAUUGGUACCUGGGAGUCGGUCCGACUGUACAAUUAUUGGCUCGGUUUGCCGGUCCCUCCUCGCGCUUGGAAGCUGAAGGCUCCCCAGCCGCGCCCCCAUACUCAGCCUCAACGGAAUCCUCAUCGGACUGAGUUAUAA